CCAUACAAGUCAUUCCACGUUCAGAAAAUCAAAAUGGCUAGACUAUUCUAUUGCAUGUUGGUACUGUUUUUGUGGUUAGUUGUUGGUGCAUUGGCCGAACAAUGUGGUAGGCAAGCCGGUGGCAAAACUUGCCCUAACAACCUGUGUUGCAGCCAAUACGGGUGGUGUGGCAACACCGACGAGUACUGUUCGUCCUCUAAGGGGUGCCAGAGCAAUUGUCAAGGCGGCGGCGGAGGUGGUGGUGGCGGAGGCGGGGAUGGGGCCAGCGCCACCAAUGUUCGGGCUACGUAUCACUACUAUAACCCGGAGCAAAAUGGAUGGAACUUGAAUGCUGUUAGUGCUUAUUGCUCUACUUGGGAUGCUGGCAAGUCAUAUGCAUGGCGUAGUAAAUAUGGAUGGACAGCUUUCUGUGGCCCUUCCGGACCUCGCGGCCAAGCCUCUUGUGGCAGAUGCUUGAAGGUUACUAAUACGAGGACAGGAGCCCAGCUUACAGUUAGGAUUGUAGAUCAGUGCAGCAAUGGUGGCUUAGAUUUGGACUACAAUACUGCUUUCCGAAAAUUGGACACCGAUGGAAGAGGUUAUCAACAAGGCCAUCUCAUAGUGAACUACCAAUUUGUUGACUGUGGCGAUAAUCCUCUUCUUCCUGUUGUUGGAUCAUUAAUAAUAAAUUCUCUUACGGAAUGCAAAAACACGCACUACAUUACUUGUUAGUAAGCAGCUGAUGGUCAAAUAUCUCUGCAGUAUAGUAAGUUGUAAUAAACUCUCGGAUAUAUCUCCGAUAAGUGUGUUCGCAUCUUUAAUGUUCUUGUCAAAGAACUAUGAGUUUGUUUUUAGCUAUACUACAAAUAAAACAUGAGUAUGGAGAUGUAUUAAAGUAAAAUUCUGAAAAUUUUCUGAAGUGGAAGUUUAUAUUGCAUGAU